UGUGUUUCUCUGUCCUAGGGUUUGUGACAUAGUAUGGAUUUGAUAUCAUCACAGCAUAAUCAUCUACAAAAUCAACAGGUCAGAAAAUUUGAAAGACAAGAAGGGGAAAAAGAAGAUGAACAGAUAGUUGCAGAAAUCAUGGGGAGGCGUUUUUUCCCCGAUGUUAUAACUUAUAAGACCUGGGAAGGCUUUCACUUUGCUGGCCAUGAGAUAAGAAUUACAGAAGCCACUGAUUGUUACGGAGCAGUCGUCUGGCCAUCGGCUCUUGUUCUGUGUUAUUUUUUGGAAACUAAUUCUAAACAAUGCAAUUUGGUUGACAAAAAUGUGAUUGAAAUUGGAGCUGGAACUGGCUUGGUCUCCAUAGUAGCCAGUUUGCUGGGUGCCUUUGUGACUGCCACAGAUUUACCAGAACUACUGGGAAACCUUCAGCACAAUGUUCUCCAAAAUACAAAGCAAAAAUGCAAGCACCAGCCUUGUGUUAAGGAGUUGUCUUGGGGAAUUGAUCUGGAAAAGAACUUUCCUAGGUCUUCAUGUCACUUUGACUACAUUAUGGCUGCUGAUGUAGUUUACCACCAUCCAUUCCUGGAUGAACUCCUCCUAACUUUUGAUCACCUUUGCAAGGAUGAUACUAUUAUUCUGUGGGCCAUGAAAUUUAGGUUGGAGAAUGAGAACCGAUUUGUGGACAGAUUUCAGAUGCUGUUUGACUUAGAGAUGAUUUCUAAUUUUCCUAGUUUGAACAUAGCCUUGUAUAAAGCAGUGAGGAAAGGCAGACCUUCCAAACCGAAGAUCUGA